AUGGAAGAUUUUCCUUUUCUAUCAGCCCGGAGGAAGAAAGGAGUCCGGGUUAAAGGACGAGGGCAGAUUUCUUCUUUCAGUAGCAGCUCCGGAAGAGCUGCUUCGGAUUUGACUGAAGAAAAAAGGGUGGUGAUGGAAUCCUUCUUCUGCUCACCGGGAUUUAAGGCUCCAUCCGAAUCAAGGAGAAGCCACAGUCUAAGAAACCAAGGUAGAAAGAAGUCUUCCUAUUCCUGCGUUGUGCCGGAAGUCUUUAAGACUUUCUUGAUGCGGAGUAGUGAAUAUAAUCAAGUUAAGCAGUCCAGGCGGGAGGAGUUAAUCUGUAAUUCCCGUAGUUCCAUAGGAAGGAAGUGCAUCAACGAGUUUCCGUAUCUCGGCAGUAGGGACCGAACUUCAAGCAAUAGGGAUCAGUGUUCAAGGCUAGGAUCUAUCCCACAUACAUACAUGAAGAGAAGAAGAGAGGAGAGGGGGUUCCCUGAGAUUAAGGUGUCAAGGCGGUCGAAGAAGGCCACAAGUGGAAGCAACCGAAGCUUUGGUCAUUCAGUUGACUCCGCCAGUCCGUGCUUGCUGUCAUGCUGGCAAAAGCAGGGCUUUCGGCCUUACCUACUAUUGGAUUUGAACCAAUGA